GAAACGUGAGAAAAACAGGACGGAGCAUGAAUGUGUGUGUGUGUAUAUAUAUAUGAACUGCCCAACCCAAAAUUUCAAAUAACUCGAUACUAAAACUGCAUUGCAAAAAUUUUCUUGUAAUGUUACGACAGAUUACCUUCAUAAUUUCUUUCGAUCAGUUGUAGUUGUAGCAGAAAUCAUGGAGAACGUUGAAGCGGAAUCCAAAGACGAAGCAAUGCGAGGAUCCAAAACCGCCAUUCGAUGUGCAAAAGCAGCUUUUCUACUUUCUUCACUCAAAUCCUCCCAAAAUCGCCAACUCAGAGCCACUGCCCAUGAACAAGCCAAGGAGAGGAAGAUGCUAAGGAAAACUGUGGGAGAUUUGAAGAUCCAGUUGGCUAGGGAGCGUCUGAGGAAUAAGAGGAUCAAACUCUGCGGUUUGAUGGAAUUUGUUCUUCAGCUUCUGCUGGUUAUCUCUCUUUCGAGUUUAUCCCUUUUUGUUGCCUUCAAAUUUGUUUGAGUUCUGAUGGAAUGAUCGAUGGUAAGGCUACGGAGUUUGCUUGAGGAAAUUAAACAACCCUAACCAGUUCAUGAAUUACACCACUGGAUUCAUCGUCGUCUUCCAUUGUUGUUUGUAGUUUUAGAGUUCUUAGAUUUUGAAGGCUUCAGAGAACUACUUCGUUCCAACUGAAAUCGUUUUUUUCAAGGGGGAAAGAGAAACUUCAAUACAAUUUGGAAGUGUAAUGCUUCGAACGAAUUGUUAUAUUAAUAAAAGUUUUUGAUAUUCCAUAUAA